AUUGAUAAGCCACAUCAAGUGCAGGCGUAGGGGAGAGGACAACCAGCGAUGGAUUCGUUGCGAAAAUGGUUGAACAAGCCAAAGGCCGACGACAAAUCUCUGCUGGCACGAUUUUACCAUGCCGAUCGUGCUCUGACAGCGAUCGCCAGCGAAUUGGAUAGCUUCGAUGGACGAGCAGAACCCGUCCGUUGUACCCGGCUUGUUAGCCGCCUGCGCCAAUGCCAGGACCGCGUUCUGGCAAUCACCAAUCAAAUCAUGGACGAGUUACUUGGUGAUGAUCGAGCUCAGCGUGCCUUUCGAGUGAAAUUCCCCGAGGAGGUACUGCAGGAAAGUCUAGCCGGGCAGCUGUGGUUCGGUGCGGAAUGCUUGGCAGCCGGCUCGUCAAUACUGAAUCGCGAGGCCGAGUCGGCAAAGAUGCGUCCAAUCGCAAAAGCGGUUACCAAGAGUCUCGAGAUCGUGCGGAAUCGUCUUCGAGAGCAGUGCCUUCGCAAUAAUACCCCAAACAGCCCGACGCUCCGGCUGGACUUCAAUGAUGCAGCCACGGAGCAGCUGUACGAAAGCCUAAAGAUAUUCGAUCGCCUGUUCGCCGAGUUCGAGCUGGUGUACGUCAGCGCGAUGGUGCAGGUUAAAACGAAGCAAGAGUACGAAAUGCAAGAGCUGAUUUGUGUGCUAUUCUCGGAAACGUUGCAAAGGGCGCUAAAGACGGGGCUGCUCGAGCAAGAUCAGGUGGAUUCGUACGAUCCUGCGCUGAUGUUUUCCAUUCCUCGGUUGGCAAUUAUCGCCGGCUUGGUCAUUUUCCGCGAUGGCCCUCUAAACAUGGACCAGCCGGCGGACAACAUUUCGGAGAUGUUCCGACCGUUUCGCAAGCUGCUCAUUAAGAUGCGUGAUCUGCUGCACACUCUGACGAAACACGAGCUGUAUCAGCUGGAGAAACUGCUCUGCACGAAUGAAGAGAUAAGCGUGAACGAACAAUUGAUCUGUGAUGAAAAUGGCGGCAAUGCUGGUGCCGGUGAAAGUGUACGUGCGGUGGAUGCUCACGAACCGGUGGGCGAAAGCGCGGAACAUGUGGUCAUUGUAACAACGACGACUGUCACGAGGACGAACGCAGCGAAUGUCGUUACCGAUGACGGAAGAAGGACCGAUGCGAACGAUGCUAGUGGUGGUGAUAAUAAUUUGCAUGUAGUUAGUCAAGGAUACAAUGUGAGUGCCGAUGGUGUAGGGUGCAAUCUGAUCGUGACGGGUAGCGACGGGAGCAGCAGUGGGUGUUGCAGUACUAAUAAAGCAAAAAACCGUCACAAUCAGCAGCAGCCACGGCUGAGAUCGGUGCAGCAACAUUCCUCACACGGUGCAGGGACGAUAACGUACGAAGGAACGGAGAAGGAAGACAAUAACAACCACAUUCAGAAUGAUGGUGAUGACGAGGACGAAGACGACGAAGCGGACGAAGACAGCAUCCUAAAGGACGGGCUUGUCACCACGGACUGUGCCUCGGGAUACUUGAUACCGAACACUAACUUUGGCAACUUACUGCAGACGAACGAGGCACCCCUAACGGACAGCAUAAUAGCAACGGACGACGAGCUGCGGUUACUUGCCGUCGAGAUGGCUUCUCCAUCGACGUUGACACGGGCAAACAUUGAAAACAUUCUAGCCAAUACCGGCAGUGAUGUCCAGCAGUCGCUUGUUGAUUCGGAUUCAGGCCACGUCACAGCGAGCCACAGCACAGAUAUGUCCCCCGAGCUGGAAUCUGAGCGAACUGUGACCGCGAUGGCUGCAGAGCCGAAAGAUGAUCCCGAUGUUAAGCCGAUGACUUCGUUGGAAAACAUUACAGGCAAAGCACAUCGUGUCAGAUCCAAAACCAUUACAAUGCACAAACAAGUCGAAAUUAGCGAAUCCUCGAGUGACGACGAAGAAGCAAACGUGGACGAAGCCGAUCAUGAAGAUGCUGAUGACGACGAAGACGAGGACGAAGAGGAUGCCGCAUUACCAGAAAUCAAUUUCGUGAUAGGAGGACCGACGAAGAAGGAAACCUAUGCAGCUUGCGACAACUCAGGUCGGCCCAGCUCCAGCCAAAAGAAGCAAUCGCAGUAUAACAGUAGUAGUCACCGCAAGCAGAACCACCACCGGCCACGGGCAUCGACAUCGUCGUCGGUACCAUCCGGACACCGUAAACCUCAAUCACAUCAGCACCACCAUCAUCACCAUCAUCACCACCAUCACCAUCCGCAUUCCGAAAUGGCAGGAGCUAGCAACUCGGUCGCCACCACGACUACUUCUAGCACCACCAGCUGCGCCCCAAAUGGCAGUGCACGUCAUAGUCGAACGCACCAGCAACCGCCACAGCAGCGCAGUUCAUCAUCCAGCUGUGAUACAUCGCCCACGCAAAGCGAGUGCAGUGAUGCGCAGGAGGUGUCACUCGCUAUACGGCCGGCAGGACGAAAUAAAUUCAAAACAACCGAAAACCUGUUGCAUCGGCUGUUUGUGUGCAUCGCGGGAGUAGCGGAUCAGUUGCAGACGAAUUUCGCGGCCGACCUGCGGAAGAUGCUGAAAAGUGUGUUCAUCAUGAAUACGUCCCCGCCCGAGCCAGAAGAAUCACCGGAGGCAAAUGCCAACGAAGAGGAAUCGAAGGAUGGCCAACACAAUCCGUCCGAUUUGUUCGAGUUUCGGGCGAGCGAACAGGACGUCAUUUCGGCCGACCAACAAAACCACAGUGGUGGCUCGAGCCAGAGCAUCUACUCGGCCGAGGAAGCAAACCCCGAGCAAGAUUCUGUGUCCGUAUCAUCGGGUGACUCAUCGCCCGUGCGUCGAACGGCCAGCGUUGAAAGUCGCAACGUGACGGUGAACGUGUCCGUGUCCGUCGUGACUUCGCCACCGGGUGGCGGUGGAAACAGCGGCCACACCAGCGUCGGAAGUGCUCGCACGGCCCAGGAGCGUAGCGUUAGUCUGAGCGAAGCGUGCAUUGUUGUUGAGGGAGGAAAAACAGCCUCCUCUCGCAGACACAGUGCCAGUGGCUCGAAGAGCGACUACGGUCGCAGCCGAAGCAGUCCAAACAGUCCAAUCAAUAGCAAUAAUAAUGGUAGUGGUUCCGCCAACACUUCUUCUUCCUUGUCUGGGCGGGAUAUGCACAUAGAACAUCAGCAGCAACAGCAGCAGCAGUCGCAGCGGCGAAUGCCAGAGGAACCUCCGCGCUGGAUUCCGGACUGUGAUGCACCACGGUGCAUGUCGUGUGCGUCGGCUUUUACACCGUUUCGUAGGCGACAUCACUGCCGCAACUGUGGCGGAGUGUUUUGUGGGGUUUGCUCGAAUUUAUCCGCACCGCUACCAAAAUACGGCCUGACCAAAGCAGUGCGUGUCUGUCGGGAUUGCUUUGUUCAUGAAGUUGGUGUUUAG